CUACCCGUGCCUCGUUGCAAUAACCCCAGAAAGCUUAAAACUAGAAAAGGCCCGCGUUCCUGUUUUAACGCUCGAUCUUGGAUACCUGCCUCUUCCUCUCGACCCUCUACCCGUUCACUGUCACUCACGUCCCUUCCCUCUGCUGAAAAAAUGAUACCUGAUUUUUCACUUGAUACGACGAUGGGCGCGGCAUUCAUCGGUGUCGUCGUUGCGGCAAUUCUGCAUGGUGUCUCGUGUGUCCAAGCCUGGUAUUAUUUUACGCACCAACAUGACAGGUGGCCGCUCAAGUCGAUCGUAGCGGCCGUUAUGGUAUUCGAUACGGUGCAUCAGGCGCUUAUAUCUCAUACCGUCUAUACCUAUCUUGUCACUCACUAUGGCGAUGCCGCUGAACUUCAAAAGACUGUUUGGAGUCUCCUGGCCGAGGUUUUGUUCAACGGGUUCACGGCCUUCCUCGUUCAGAGCUUCCUCACUUUGCGUGUCUGGCGUUUGAGCAACAGAAAUCAUUAUGUCACGGCCAUCGUUACAUUAUUGGUCGUUGCAGAAUUUGGCUGUGUCGUCGCAUUUGGAACUCUAGCCUUGAUCAACGUGCACAACUUUGCCGAGCUCGCUUCUUUGAAGUACCUCUCCAUCAGCGUGAAUACCCUCGCUGCGGCCGGAGACGUCCUCAUCGCCGGCACCCUCUGUCUGCUCCUCCACCAUUCUAGGACUGGAUUCCAAAAGAGUGACACCAUGAUCAAUAAACUCAUCCUUUUCGCGGUCAACACUGGUCUUCUCACAAGUCUUUGUGCUGUUGCAUCCUUGAUCUCCAUAUUGACGGCUCCCAACACGUUCAUAUACAUCACUUUUUUCUUCUGCAUGGGACGACUAUACUCAAACUCCCUCCUCGCCACGCUGAACGCGCGCAAGCGCAUCCGCACCGCUGCCGAAGGUAUCAACAGUUCUAGCGAAAUCAGCUUCUCGCUGAAGGACAUCUCCAAAGCCUCCGCCUACUGCUCGCGUCGGGGACCGAACAUAUCCAUCAAAAUUGAUACGACCAAGGAGUUUACAAGUGAUGUGGACCAUAACGUUGUGCUAGCCGGCCAGCCUACGGAGGACGGGUCGCCGGAUGUAUGUCAUCUCUCGACCUAUUCUCGCGCAUCUGGCUGACGACAACGAAAGAACUCAAGCUCUAAAGCGAGCUGUACAUUUCGGGAGAUGGUUGAGGUGGCUUAGGGUUGACGACGAAUCUUCUUGUAUUCCGUUUCACGUUCAUUUCCAUGCGUUACCGUCAUUUUUGCUGCCUAUCUUUACGCUUUACGCCUUUUCUUUCCUUUUAUCUUUCAUAUAUGUAUAGUAGUGGCCGUCAGGGCAUCCCAAAAGUGAAUAGUCUUAUGCUUGUAUUGCUGUUAGUUCUUGAUGACAUAAUUGUAGUUUUGGCCGGCUCAAUACUCAAUCAAACGGGCUCGUAUUGAUGCGUCUC